CUCUGCUAAAUAACCUCUGGAAGCAUUUAUGUCGUUAAACUGUUGAAUUGUCGUAAAGUGGCGUUUGAGCCAAUCGGAAGACCCCGCAAAGUUUCAUUUGUAUGCAUGCUGUAUCCGGAUACUAAGUAUCAAAAUGAGCAUCCACACUCUUGUGGUUCUGUACGGGAGCCAGACAGGAACAUCGCAGGACACAGCAGAGAGGAUCGGGCGUCAAGCACAGAGAAGGCGGAUGAGAGUCAAAGUGGAAGCCCUGGACACUUACAAUGUGGCCAACCUGAUCUCAGAGCCUCUGGUUGUGUUUGUCUGUGCCACAACAGGACAGGGUGACCCUCCAGACAAUAUGAAGAAAUUCUGGAGAUUCCUGUUCAGGAAGUCUUUGCCUGCUGAUUCACUUUGUCGUGUUCACUGUGCAGUGCUUGGCCUUGGAGACUCCUCCUAUCCAAAGUUCAACUUUGUUGCUAAGAAGCUCUAUAAGCGUUUGCUUCAGCUUGGUGCUAAUAUGCUGCAGCCUGUUGGACUUGCUGAUGAUCAACAUGACCUGGGGGCAGAUGGUGUGAUUGACCCCUGGUUAAUUUUGUUCUGGCAAAAAACCCUGUGUCUCUACCCACCUCCAGCAGGCCUUGCACCAAUCCGGGAGGAAGAGAAGCUUCCACCACGAUAUGUUUUCCACUUCCUAGAUGAAGCUCCAGACAAGCAGGUUGAGCAUCUCCAGACACCUGAUAACAAGGCAUUUCCCACCUCAUUGCACCCUUUCCCAGCUCAAGUGGUGUUCAAUCAGAGAGUGACUGAUCUCUCACACUUUCAGGAUGUCAGGCAUAUUGAGUUUGACAUCACAGGCUCUAACAUCCAGUACAGUGCAGGGGACGUUGUAAUGAUAAGGCCCUGUAAUGCUGCAGAUGAUGUGGAGCAGUUCUGCCAACUAUUGGGACUUGACCCUGAGCUCUACUUUACACUAAAUCCCACUGACAGCAGCACAGCAGCAGUUUUUGCACGUCUCCCUCAGCCCUGCUCCAUUCGCUUUCUGGUGGAACAGUUUCUGGACAUUUCUGCUGUUCCACGUCGCUCCUUCUUUGAGCUGUUGGCCACUUUUUCCACUAAUGAACUAGAGCGUGAAAAACUGCUGGAGUUUAGCUCUGCUCAAGGCCAGGAUGCUCUUCAUUCCUACUGCAACCGACCCCGUCGAACAGCCCUGGAGGCACUUGCAGACUUUCCUCACACCACAGCUGAGCUGAGUGUUGACUACCUGUUGGAUCUUUUCCCUGAAAUCCAGCCUCGCUCCUUCUCCAUUGCCUCUUCGCUCUUGGCACACCCUAACCGCAUCCAGAUCUUGCUUGCAGUGGUGAAAUAUAAAACCACUCUUCAUAAGCCACGCAAGGGACUGUGUUCUACCUGGCUGGCAUCUCUAGAUCCCUCUAAAGAGAUUUUUGUCCCCCUGUGGGUGAAGAAGGGGAGCUUGAGUUUCCCUCAGGACCCAGAUACCCCUGUGAUAAUGGUUGGGCCAGGGACAGGUGUGGCUCCCUUCAGAUCUGCCAUACAGUUGAGGGCUACUCAAGGGAAGAUGGCUAAUGUGCUGUUCUUCGGCUGUCGGUCUGAAUCAAAGGACUUCUACUGUCGAUCAGAAUGGGAGGAAAAGGUGCAGGCGGGCCAGAUGAUCCUUUUCACAGCCUUCUCCAGAGACCAGGAGGAUAAAAUCUAUGUUCAACAUCGAGUGAAGGAACAAAGCAAACUUUUAUGGGAUCUGAUAGCAAAGAGGAAUGCCUUCUUUUAUAUAGCAGGGAAUGCUAAGCAGAUGCCGACAGGUGUAUGUGAUGCACUGAAGGGGAUUUUUGAAAAAGAGGGUGGCAUGUCUGAAGAUCAGGCACAGGAAAUGCUGGAUGCCAUGGAAAAAGCGGGGCGCUUUCAGAGUGAAACCUGGUCCUGAUCUCUUCAUUACACCCCUCUCAUAGCCUUAAUAACCCACACAUUCUGAGAGUUUGAACACGGGUAAAAGGGUGUUACGCUGGUGACUGACUCCACCACAAGGUUUUACAAGACGUUGCCAAACCUCAAUUUUGGUCAGUCGGACCACUCGCCUUAAAAGCAAAAUGAUUGCUUUGGAAUGCAUCUGAAGAUAAUAUUUAGUCAUUUUGGUCUCUCGCUCAUAUAUAUAUAUAUAUAUAUAUAUACAUAUAUAUAUAUAGGAUAGGCAUUUUGGCCAUUUUGUCUACUCGAGUACUUGAAAGGCAAUGACGUGCAUAACUGUGUAUAUAU